UAUAAAAACUUCACAAUAAUAUAUUUGUAUUUCUUCAUAUCCUCUCUCUCGCUCUCUUUGAGUCUCUCAACUAAAUCGCAAGCUUCGUCUAUUUUCCUCUGAGACCAAGCAGUAUCGAUCCUUCGUGUGGAUUCAAAGGCAAAUCACUAUGUCAUCAAACUAUCUUACAGAACUGAAGCGACGUUCUGAAGCAGAGUUUCUUGAAUUUCGUCAACGUAUUAAGGAAUCCAUCAGGAACAAGACUCAAAACGGAAACGAUCUUCUUGCUCCAACCUCAGAAGAAGACUCAAUGCCAAGCAAAAGACAAAAACUACACGAGUUUGGUAGCUUCUUUGGUCCUUCUCAGCCUGGUAUUGCUUCAAGAGUAUUACAAGAAAGCAAACCACUUUUAAAAGACGAGCUUCUUGCCGCUAAAGCGCUCGACUCGAUCCAAAUUAACAAGAGUACUCCUAGUCCAACGAGUGUCUCAGAAGCUAAUGAGUUGAAAAGAAAAGCUAAGCAACUUAAAGAAUCAAGAGACUACUCUUUCCUUUUCUCUGAUGAUGCCGAGCUUCCUGUUUCCAUUAAGGAACCACCUUCUUCUCUUGUUCCCAACUCUAGAGCCAGUUCCAGAGGAAGCCAUUCAUCAAGACCACGUUCAUCUACUAAAGGUCAACCACAAACAAAGCUUGGUUCCAAAUUACGUCCUCAGAGGCCAGCAGCUCCUGCAAGAAUAUCUGUACCAAUGGACCAUAGCAAGAAGCUAACUCAGAAGCCAAGUUCCUCAUCAAAGCCAUUGACAUCUGAUCCCAAAGAACAGAGGAAAGUUUCCAACGAAACCAAACGAUCUUCUCAAGUGGUUCCAAGAAAACAAGCAUUGCCUCCUUCCAAACAACGGGAGGUUAGCAAACCACCAUUGAAGCAAGCUCAUCAACUGAAGAAGAAGCUGUCAGAAGAAGAUGAAGAGGCGUUGAGAAUGAUUAGAGAGAUGUGCAAGACUGAUCGUUUUGCCAGGCGUGAUUUAGAUGAUUAUGAUGACAGAUGCAUGGAAGCUACCUUAGAAGAUAUCAUCAAAGAAGAGAAACGAAGUGAGAAACUUGCGAAGAAAGAAGACGCGGAACAACUACGGUUGAUAGAAGAAGAUGAAAAGCGAGAAAGACUCAUGAGAAAGGAGAAGAGACAGAAGAUGAACCAUUAAAUCAUUUGUUGUUUACAGGGUGUUAUUAUCGGUGAUACAUCAUCACUUUUAGUUUCUUGUUAAUAUGAUUGCUAAUGCGAUAUUAGGUACAAGUCAUAGUACGUUUCUUCUUUCUCUAUUAAUAAAAGGCAUCAGAUAUUCAAAUUUGAA